AUGCUUGUGUUUGGUAAUCGAAUAGCGCCUUCAAAUCUGGAAACGCACUUACCCAGCUAUGAAAAUGUCUUUUGCAUGAUUUCGGGGACUUCCACAUGCCACAUGGUGCUCAACAAAAAGAAGUGUCCUACUCCAGGUGUCUGGGGACCUUACCUGGACGCAAUCCUACCAGGGUACUACCUUAGCGAGGCAGGCACCACUGCUACGGGAAAGUUGAUUGAUCACGUUAUUCAAUCUCAUUACGACGGCAAACUGCCAUCAUCGAUGUCUCAAAUAAUCAUCUCACUGAAUGAACAGUUGAAAAGCAAAGACUUUGAUCAUCGAAAUUCUCUCGUCGUGAAUCCUGCCUUUCACGGAAACCGAUCGCCAGUUGCCAAUCCAAACUUGAGGGGUGCCAUAUAUGGGUACACACUCGAAGAGACCUCUCUUCUCGAUUUGUACGUCGCCACUGUAGAGGCUAUUGCCUACGAGACUCGCUACAUCAUCGAGGAGAUUGAGAAGAGUAGCAAGCCAAUUCAGAAGAUCAUCGUUUCCGGUGGGUUGGCCAAAAAUGAGCUUUACCUGCAGUUGCAUUCCGAUAUUUUGGGUGUCGAAUUGGUUACCUUCACUGCCGGAGAAGCUGACCUGAUGCUGGUUGGUGCCUCGAUCAUUGCUCUUUGCGCCACCCAAGUCGCACCCACUGAUGACCCUAGCAAACUGAUGGCCAUUCUGAAUAACCUUAGCACUGAUGAGCCUGGUUUUCGGACUCACUAUCGGGUGUUCAAGCCACGCCAGAGUGCCACUGAAUACCACAAUCGUAAGUAUCAGUGCUAUCGUCGUCUGCUGGACUGUUGCAUCCAGAUGGAAGGCAUCCUGUUGUAG